AUGCCUGGCCGACUUCUCCCCAGCUUCGUGCGCCACCACCACCACUCCCACCACCACCCUUCCUCCAUUUCCUCCCACUCCAACUCGUCGUCUACCUCUUCUGUCAAUGAAAUCCCCAACCCGGCUAUGGUCGCCAAGAAACCUACCGUGACAGCCCACCCCGAGAGGGCACGCUCUCCGGAACGCCGCCUAUCCUUCGCGAUGGAUCAGCUGGAUCACCUCAUUCAUCCGCACCGUGACCACAGCAAGGAGAAGAAGCGUGGAAACCGACGCGCCUCUCGCUCCAAGGAGCGUCAUGCCAAUGAACAUGUCGCCGGCACGUCGGCGAAACUAGACGUGAUCGUCGAAUCUCCUCCCCUGGUCUGCUACGGAACCCCGGCCAACUCAACAGGCGCCCUGUUUUCGGGUCGCCUGAAGAUCGCUGUGACGGAGCGAGCAGAGCAGAUCUUCCUGGACAAGUUCGACAUGCGUUUGAUGACCAAAAUCACUACGAAAAAGCCGGUGUCGAGGGAGUGCUCUAGCUGUUCCUCUCGAACCGACGAGUUGACUCACUGGAACUUCCUGACGGAGCCUUUGAGCUUGAAGAGCGGUGAUCAUGAAUUCCCAUUCAGCUACCUGUUCCCCGGCAACUCGCCUGCAUCCUGCAACGGCUCCUUGGGCAAAAUCGAAUACUUUUUGUCCGCGCACGCUCACAACGUUAAUGGUGAGGAAUACAACUUCGAGAUGCCGCUGCACAUCAAACGUGCCAUCCUUCCCGGAAACGACAAGUCCUCCAUUCGUAUCUUCCCUCCCACCAACCUGACCGGCCGAAUUGUUCUUCCCUCCGUCGUCCACCCCAUCGGCACAUUCCCCGUCCAGAUGACCCUCAGCGGUGUUGUUGACAAGGGUGACGAGACCCAGACCCGCUGGCGAUUGCGCAAGAUGAUGUGGCGGAUCGAGGAACACCAGAAGAUCGUUUCUACAGCCUGCUCCAAACAUGCGCACAAGAUCGGAGGUGAGGGAAAGGGAGUUCUCCACCAAGAGACCCGCAUCAUCGGCCACAACGAAGAAAAGGAGGGCUGGAAGACCGAUUUCGACACCGCUGGCGGCGAAAUCAGCAUGCAGUUCGAGGCCAACAUCAACCCCACUUGCAACCCGGUGUGCGAUCUUGAAGCGGCCGGCGGAUUGGAGGCCAAGCACAACCUCGUCAUCGAGUUGAUCGUUGCCGAGGAAUUCUGCCCCAACCGCAACACCAGACUCAUCACGCCCACGGGUGCCGCACGAGUGCUCCGCAUGCAAUUCCACUUGCACGUCACCGAACGAAGCGGACUCGGCAUCAGCUGGGACGAAGAGAUGCCUCCCGUUUACGAGGACGUGCCGGCCAGUCCUCCCGGAUACACCAUGCUCGACGGUAGCAGCAUGAUGGAGGACUACAACGGGUCGCCACUCGCGCUUCCUGAAUACGAGGAUCUAGAGCGUAUGGACUCUCUGCGUUUGGACAGCGAGUCCACUCAUUCCUCCCUUCGGGGACGAUCCCGUUUAACCAACGAUGAUCUGAUCACGGAGCCUAUGGAGCUCGGAAGCCGAGCCCGAGCCCCAUCUGUUAGCUCCCAAGCGUCCUCAUAA